UUACAUUUGAACACAAGAAGUCUCUGCACUUGGUUUCAUUUUGCACUCUUCUUAUACUUCAAUCCAUCAAAACCCUAAUCCCCAUUUUCUCGAUCAAUCCAAUGGCGAUAAUUUCUGAUUUCGAGGAGCAAGAUAGCAAACCACCAUCAUCAUCGGCGGCGGCGGCGGCGUCAAAGCCCUUUAAGGCCGUGCUUGAUCCUGCUAAUCCUCUAGGGUUUCUUCAAGCCGUGUUCGAGUUCGUCGGCCGGGAAUCUGAUCUCUUCAAGAGUGAUUCAUUGAUUAAUGAUGUCAAUGCUGUUGUUCGUAUGGUGAAAGACAAGCUGCUGACCGAGGAGCGCAAGAGGAAAGUGGAAGCAGAAGCAUCAAACUCAAAGGCGGCGGGAAAGAAGGUCAAGGAGGAUGUUCCAGUUGUUGCUGCAACUGCUGCUGCAAAGAAGGAAGAGGUUAAAGAGGCAAAAGGGAAAGAAGUUAUGAAGGAGGCUAAGGAGGAGGACAAGAAUGGUUCUCAAGGUCCUGCAGCUCCUAACAACAACAAUGGCCUUGACCUUGAGAACUACUCAUGGGGUCAAUCACUACAGGAAGUAAAUGUUAAUAUUCCCGUACCUGCUGGAACAAAAUCAAGGUUCAUUGUUUGUGAUAUAUCAAGGAACCGUCUUAAAGUUGGACUAAAGGGCCAGCCUCCCAUAAUUGAUGGAGAACUAUAUCGACCUGUGAAAGUUGAUGAUUGUUUCUGGAGUUUAGAGGACCAAAAAUCCAUCUCUGUUCUCCUAACCAAGAAGGACCAAAUGGAAUGGUGGAAAUGCUGUGUGAAAGGUGAACCUGAAAUUGAUACGCAGAAAGCAGAACCUGAAAGCAGCAAGCUGUCAGAUUUGGACCCCGAGACGCGAUCAACUGUGGAGAAGAUGAUGUUUGAUCAGCGACAGAAAUCCAUGGGUCUUCCAACAAGUGAUGAGACGCAGAAACAAGAAAUUCUCAAGAAAUUUAUGGCAGAGCAUCCUGAAAUGGACUUCUCAAAGGCGAAGAUAUCCUGAUACGCUGGUAAUUUGCUUGGCAGUGUUGCUUAUUGGAACAUGUUUCUUAGCAGGAAGAAGCUAAAUCAUCUUUUUGGCUAGACUCUUUACUUUGCUAUUUUGUUGGGAUAGUUUGGAGAAACUCAGGGAAUUAUCUAUACAUACUUGGUUGUAACAGAUUACUAGAACUUUGGGUUCUGGAUUCUACCAUAUUCAAUCAAACAGCAGUUCAUGUAUUG